AUGUUCAAGAUUUUCAUUCUCCUCGCCUUGGCCUCCGCAGGCCUGGUCGCCGCGGCCGAGAACGCCCCCAUGGCUCAGCUCUACCGCUGCAGAGGAGGAAGCGUCACAAACAUCAACCUCGCGUACAGCUGCCCGACAAGUAAGCAUGAAGACCCCUGGGAGACGUGCUGCUUUACUGGAACCGACACUGCUCCGUUUGCAUUCGGCAAAGCGUGCACCAGGGUCUACGACCAACACUGCAAGGGUGAUUGGAAGCCUUGCCCGAUUCAGUAUAAGCUUUACUCCACCGGUGCCCUUGAGGAACCCAAGUUACUCUAG